AUGGACAACGAUAUGUACAUCCUCCCUAAUGCCACCGAGCCUCAGGUUAUUCCAUCCUCCCUGCCUCUGCACCCCAUCGUGGUCGUUGUUGGCCUCGCCAUCUCGUUGGCUAGCUUUGUGUCGUGGUGUGUGCAAGAUUAUCGUCUGUACAAGUCACUGGGACCUGGAGGCCCGCCGUAUAAUGUGUACGGCUGGUUCUUGACCUCGUUCGUUGUUCGCCCCUAUACACUCGCCGCACAUGACACGACCUGGACAGGGGACUAUCCUGAUAACGCUGCCCACAAGGAAAUUCUGGCGCUGCCGAACCGGAAAGGCUCUCGUCCCCUGAUCCUGGGCAUUGCACCUCAACGACAAUUCAGCCAGAACCCGGAACCGGGGAUGAAUGCGCGAAUCACGUCUCUUUUUACCUCACUUGUUUUGAGAAACCCUAGGUCUCUGCAGCAAAGCGUUUCCAGCCUUGAAAAGCACAACCUUGCUCUUUUUGUCCAUCCAAGCCUCUUGUCCAAGUCCGAAAACCUUCCCGAAGUGGCUACCGUCUCCAGAGGGGAGCUUGGGCAUAUGCAUGGAGAUGCUUCGAUGCAUCUGUAUUUCUCGCCUGCAGACGCCAAAGAGAUCAUCGAGAAGGGCUGGGCCGAACGGCACCGGUGUGCAAGAGAAGCUCCAUGGUGGUUGGGUGGCAGGAGAAACAGUUGGAAAAUCGGACACACCUUUUUGAUAGUCUACGCACCAAGAAACGAGGAAGAGUUGGAAGUCCUGCAGGUGUUGCUCCGAGCCAGUGCAAGAUUUAUGACGGGAGACGAGAUGGUGGUGGCGCCAAUGAAGGACGACCAGGAGACGGAGCAUGAGCUUGAGCGGAUGAGGAGUGCACCGGCAGCUUGA